GCGCAGCCCGCGCGGAGCCGGCUCAGAGCGAGAAAAGCCAACCUAACCCGUCGGGGCCGCCGCUCCGGACCCGCCGCCCGCCGCCUCCCCCCGGAUCGGGUGUACUGUCCCAACCCGAAAGUCCAGUUCUGCGGCCCGGCAGCGGCGAGAGCGCGAUGACACAGGAGUACGACAACAAACGGCCAGUGUUGGUUCUUCAGAACGAAGCACUUUAUCCACAGCGGCGCUCCUAUACUAGCGAGGAUGAGGCCUGGAAAUCUUUCCUGGAAAACCCUCUCACUGCAGCGACCAAAGCGAUGAUGAGCAUCAAUGGAGAUGAAGACAGUGCGGCUGCGCUGGGCCUGCUCUACGACUACUACAAGGUUCCAAGAGAGAGAAGGUCUUCAACAGCAAAGCCAGAUGUUGAGCACCCAGAGCCAGAUCACAGCAAAAGAAAUAGCAUACCAAUAGUGACUGAGCAGCCCCUCAUUUCUGCUGGAGAAAACAGAGUACAAGUACUGAAGAAUGUGCCAUUUAACAUUGUCCUGCCCCACGGCAACCAGCUGGGCAUUGAUAAGCGAGGCCACCUCACAGCUCCUGAUACGACAGUCACGGUCUCCAUAGCAACGAUGCCUACCCACUCCAUCAAGACGGAAAGCCAGCCACAUGGCUUUGCUGUGGGCAUCCCUCCGGCAGUCUACCACCCCGAACCCGCCGAGCGUGUGGUAGUUUUUGACCGGAACCUUAGUACUGACCAGUUCAGCUCUGGUGCUCAACCCCCAAAUGCUCAACGGCGGACUCCAGACUCGACUUUCUCAGAGACCUUCAAGGAAGGCGUUCAGGAGGUUUUCUUCCCCUCGGAUCUCAGUCUGCGGAUGCCUGGCAUGAAUUCAGAGGACUAUGUUUUUGACAGUGUUUCUGGGAACAACUUUGAAUAUACCCUAGAAGCUUCAAAAUCACUUCGACAGAAGCCUGGAGAUAGCACUAUGACAUACCUGAACAAAGGCCAGUUCUAUCCUGUCACCUUGAAGGAGGUGAGCAGCAAUGAAGGAAUCCAUCACCCCAUCAGCAAAGUCCGAAGUGUGAUCAUGGUGGUUUUUGCUGAAGACAAAAGCAGAGAAGAUCAGUUAAGGCAUUGGAAGUACUGGCACUCCCGCCAGCACACGGCCAAACAAAGGUGCAUUGACAUAGCUGACUAUAAAGAAAGCUUCAACACCAUCAGCAACAUUGAGGAGAUCGCUUAUAACGCCAUUUCCUUCACCUGGGACAUUAACGAUGAAGCAAAGGUUUUCAUCUCUGUGAACUGCUUGAGCACAGAUUUCUCUUCUCAGAAGGGUGUGAAGGGGUUGCCUCUUAAUAUUCAGAUUGACACCUACAGUUACAACAACCGCAGCAACAAGCCAGUGCACAGGGCCUACUGCCAGAUAAAGGUCUUCUGUGACAAGGGAGCUGAGCGGAAAAUCAGGGAUGAAGAACGAAAGCAGAGCAAGAGAAAAGUUUCGGAUGUUAAGGUGCCGCUGCUUCCCUCUCACAAGCGCAUGGACAUCACGGUGUUCAAACCCUUCAUUGACCUCGACACUCAGCCUGUCCUCUUCAUUCCUGACGUGCACUUUGCCGGCCUGCAGCGGGGCACUCAUGUCCUUCCCAUUGCCUCAGAGGAAUUGGAGGGUGAAGGCUCCGCCUUGAAGAGGGGGCCAUAUGGCACGGAAGAUGACUUUGCUGUCCCGCCUCCUGCUAAGCUCACCCGGAUAGAAGAACCAAAGAGAGUGCUGCUCUAUGUUCGAAAGGAAUCAGAAGAAGUCUUUGAUGCUCUCAUGCUCAAGACCCCGUCUUUGAAGGGAUUGAUGGAAGCCAUCUCAGACAAAUAUGAUGUUCCCCAUGACAAGAUUGGGAAAAUAUUCAAGAAGUGUAAAAAGGGGAUCCUGGUGAACAUGGACGACAACAUCGUGAAGCAUUACUCCAAUGAAGACACCUUCCAGCUGCAGAUCGAAGAAGUGGGGGGGUCGUACAAGCUCACCCUGACUGAGAUCUAGAGCCGGAGGGCCCGCAGCCCCCCACGCGUUCAGUGAAGGUGUGGCGAGAUCUUACGGCCCAGCGAGCCCCGGGCUCCCCAGUCAGCAACCUCGAGAACACAGGCGGGUGUCAAGGGAAGGGAUUCCUUUCGAGCUGGAGUUGGAGCUGCAUUUGGCUUAGAGAUAGCGUUUAAUUUAUUGCAUUGGCAUUUUUCAGAUGACAGAGAAAUCCACAUACCACUGUGUUUGAAUUUCCUGAUAUAUUUAGGAUUAAAAGUGAAAAAUUUGUUCCAGGAUUUAACAGAGCCUCUGGGAACCUUUAGGAUAUCUGCUACAUUAUUUAUCAAAAUAUUGGGCUGUCUACCUUGUCCUGUGAUACUGGUGAGCCCACUCGCUAGCGGAAGUCAGGAGAGCAGCAGGCUUGGCUCUAAGGACGGGUGCCCUUGCCUGGAGUCCGUGAGGCUCCGCUGCCCCACGUUCAUGGGCACCUGAGGGGCAAAGGGGUGAGUCCUUUUUCCCUCAGCCUCUCAUCCUCCAAUAAAUGUUUACUAAAAUAGGGCAUGUUACCAAAAUCUUCCUUUGCAACUUUCUUGGACAUAUCAACUGCCUUUCUUAUGAAGAAUUUAAAUGGGUUACAUAUGAAAUCAGUUAAGAUAAAGCUGCAUUGUAUAUAAGUGCAAUAUGUUUUUGAAGGUCUGUGUCUGUAAAUGUGUACAUACAUGUCUUAUAUAAAUAUAUAAUAUAUAAAUAUGGUGUCUGUGUACAUACAGUGAAGAUAUGCAGUAAGAUCUGCCUUAAAGACUUUCUCUAGACAAACGGUUAAGUUAUUUUUGAUAAUGUAUACCAACCAUAUAGAAUUCCUUGCUUAGUGGAAACCCGCUAAAAACCUGUUUUCUCUUGUGUUUUCCCAAAUACAAGCAAUCAUUCCAUAGCAUAACAAAACCUCCUCAAAUGACAGAUUCUGUUUGCUAUUGAGAAUGUUAUCAUUUUUAUUUCUGCACUGUUUAACAAAUGAAGUAAAACACUGCUGCAAUUCAUGUCUGUUGUAUAUGCUGGUAUCAGCCAGAUGUACCUACAUAGAGUGAACACACAGUAAUUGCAACACAGAUGUUGUAAUGAUUGUGUACCAAGUGAUACAACUCAAAAUGGAGUUCUUCCUAAUCUUCCUGUUAUAAGAAAUGAUUAUUUCAUCAUGUUCAGAGCCUUCAAGCUUUAUCUUUGUUGUUAACAAUUCUAGAAAGCAUUCACAAAUUUAUGAGAAUAUAUUACCAUGGCAGGGGAACAUUUUGUAUACAUGUUUAAAUAUAUUAAAAUACUAAAAAAUGUAAUUUUAUAACUGAAAUAAAAAUCACGGGUAUCUUUAGGUUCAGGGAGCUAGAAUAGGUCAUUUACAUAAGUAGGAUUGAUAGUGACAUUCUUAGGUUAAAAUAUUCUAAUGAAGUAUGUGAACUAAGUUACUGGUUUUCUAAAAUAAGGUAUGGGAUAUGGGUAUAUAACUUUUAUAUUUUGUUUUAUGAAGUUGAUUUUGUCUUGUUUUUAAUUAUAUCAUUGAAGAUGUAUUUUAAACUAAAGGGAUUAAAUUUUAUAUGUCUAUUUCA